AUAUGGCGGCACGCUUGAGAAUCUUAUUGCGACUCUCAUUACCGUGUACCACUAAACGUACGGCUGAUGUAGGACGAAAAUGCAGCUUGAGUUGCUCUCUUAGUGCCGUGAAAGCGCAAGCUUAAAGUUGAAACUGCGGUGUUGUCGCCGAUCGUGUGGCUGGCAUUUCGAUAUGGCAGAAGAGUACCUAUUUCUUGGUACUCCUUUAGAAGAACUUGACGAAGACGACAUCCCCCGGAAGAAGUUCCAGCCCGACCUCACUGUCAGAGAUGCGCAGGGAAGGCGCCGGUUUCACGGGGCUUUCACUGGUGGUUUUUCCGCUGGCUAUUUCAACACUGUUGGCACAAAAGAAGGUUGGACUCCUUCAACCUACAAGUCAUCAAAGACAAACAAAUCAGAAAAUGUUGUUGCAUCCAAGCCUCAAGACUUUAUGGAUGAAGAGGACCUUGGGCAAUUUGGAAUCGCCCCUCAAAGGAUUCAAGUACGAGAUGACUUUGUUGACUUUACUGAACAACGGAAACGAGUUCGAGAGCCACCACGGAUGCACCAAGGUCCCAUUCCUGGCUCCCCGCCAUUGAAAAACCUUUUCAAACCUGUCAGUCAGAGCAUUGGUGUCAAGCUCCUAAACAAGAUGGGCUGGCGCCAAGGACAGGGCAUAGGAGAACGUGUAAAACGAGAAAAGCCAAAACAGGCCCAGGAGCAACCAGGUGUCAAAGUGUAUAGCUGUGCCUUGCCACCAGGCACAGAAUCAUCUGACGAAGAUGAGUUCACAGCAGAUCACUCAUUCGCACCAGCUGACGUGGACGAAGUGCUGUAUGUUCCCAAGGACAACCAACAUGGCAUUGGAUACGUCCCUCUGGACAAGCACUCUGUGCUGUCAGCACCAAUAGAUAUUGACCAGCCUACAACAACUAAAUGCCACUUGGAAAAGAGCAAAAGAAAACUUGCUAUAACAGGACAGGCAUUCGGUGUUGGGGCUUUUGAAGAGGAUGACAGCGAUAUUUAUGCUCGUGAAGAUAUGUCCCAGUACAGUUUUGAGGUAACUGACGAACCUGAGGACAAGCCUCGCAAAGUGCUUCCUGCCAUUGAGGGGAGAAGGAGCAAGCCUGUACAUCAACUGACUAAGAUGCUGGAAGGCUUUCACCUCGCUAAAGAGCCACCAAUAGUGAUGAAGUUCUACCCACCACCACAAAUUCCCGCAGAUUUUGAACCUAUCCACAAGGCCCCUAGGAAAGAACGAAGGCGCUUUGAAGAACCCAAAAGUGACCUUUGCAAGGACAAGAAAACUGAGCAUUCAGGAUCUGUCUUUGACCUCAUAUCGCCAGCUGACAGGGAAAGACUUGAAGGCAUCAAGAAAACUGGCAGCACUGAGAUUGUGAAAGAAACUGUCAAUUCCAGCAAAGCUCAGCCACGUCCGCCUGUUUCUCAAACAGCAUUGUCUUCUGACACAGCCUCACCUAUUCCUGUCUCUGAGCCAGGAAAACCCAUGAAGCCAUUUGCACGGGACGAGGCAAAGCAAAGGCGAUUUGAGCAGUAUUUGACCCUCUUGAACUCAAACAGACUUGAAGUAUUUUCAGCCAUGCAACCAGUUAGCAUGACAGAGUGGGAAAAGGAAAGAGAACGCAAAGAGUUCCAAAGGGCAGCUAUGAUCUGCCAGCCAAGCCAGGGCCUGGGAUCUCGGUUCAUCUCCACCAGAACACUCAAGGAUGAUGACACCAUUGAUGUGCCCGUUGAUAAAGUGGAAGAAACUGCAGAUGCCACCAGGGCAGCUCAAUUAGGCAUGUUUGGAAAGCUGACGCAUGACGAAUUUGAAUGGCACCCAACUGACCUUCUGUGCAGAUGCUUCAAUGUGCCAAAUCCAUAUCCAAACUGCAGCAAAGUUGGCCUGGAAACCGUUGCAGUUGACAAGCAUGCCAUUUUUAACUUUUUGACACCUGUGAAUGAAGAUAAAAAGCCUAAUGAAACAGCCAAAGAGCAUGAAGGACCUGUGCCGGUUACUGAACCUGCUGUCUCAGGUGCAGAAGCGAUGACAAGUACAGUGGAAUCCAAGUCUGAUGAUGAAGAGGUCUCCAGCGACACGCCUGAAGAGGAGCGCCCACCUCUGGAAUUUUUCAAAUCAAUCUUCUCAGAAUCAUCAGAGGAUGAGGAUGAGGAUCAUGUAGAUAGGAAACCCAUGUUAGGAGAGACAACUACAGGAGAGGAGGCCGUUUCAGGGGCUACUGACACAAAAGCAAGCCCGGCUGAAGCAGUAAAGCAACCUCCAAGACCUGCCCUCGGAGUCUUUGCCAACCUUGACUUUGAGCAGCUCAAUCGUAGGGUGCCACCAGCACCACUGCAAGACAUGCCCUCUAAUCCAGCAAGCAGCACAGUGGCUUGCGCUGCCUUAGGUGAAACGACGUCGUCCCAACACUCUACGCAAACGUCCAGCAGCAGCAUGUAUGGCCCCAUGCCACCACCACCACCACCACAAGGGGGGCCUUGCUUUAACAACAUUGAACCAUCGGAGCGAGCUAUCCUUCAAGGUUCAUCUAAGUUACAACACUCACACAAACACAAGAAAAAAGAUCACAAGUCAAGGAGUGAGAAGAAACACAAAAAAAAGCUCAAGUCUAAACUUAAGAAGAAGAAACACAAGAAGGAUGCAAAACAUGCAACAGCAAGAAAGAGCUCUCGACAUGAAAGCAGUGAAGAUAGCGAAACCAGUGACACUUCAAGUGAAGAACUGUCAAAAUCCGAGAAAGAACCCUCUUAUAAAGACAUCAUGUCAAGGCUUGAGAAGCUAAGAAAGCUUAUGUGAUGAAGGCUGACUCCCAACACUGUAAAUAAUAAAUAAAUGAUGUCAAUAAAUUUUAUAGUUUAUAGUGCU